UGACACUGUGGUGUCAUGCAGCCCUGUUUGGAGUGGCAGGUGUCCCACAAAGAUGAUGGAAACCCAGCACUGCAACUUCAAGGAAUGGGCGUCAGCAGAGGAGGUGAGAGGAGGCAGGGGUCACCCCCCUUUUCCUGCCGCCCCUUGAAGCCCAGCGGGAGCUGGAGACAGGAGGCCUUUGGGAUUGCAUCGAGGGCCAGGAGCAAAAGUCCCUCCCUAGCAAACAAGCACAAGCCGUGGCUUGAGCCCACCUAUCAUGGCAUAGUGACAGAGAACGACAACACGGUUCUUCUGGACCCCCCGCUGAUCGCCCUGGACAAAGACGCCCCUCUGCGGUUCUCAGAGAGUUUUGAGGUGACAGUCACCAAAGAAGGUGAGAUCUGUGGAUUUAAAAUUCACGGGCAGAAUGUGCCCUUUGAGGCAGUGGUGGUGGAUAAAUCCACUGGCGAGGGCAUCAUCCGCUCCAAAGAGAAGCUGGACUGUGAGCUGCAGAGAGAUUAUACAUUCACCAUCCAGGCCUACGAUUGUGGGAAGGGGCCCGACGGGGCCAACGUGAAGAAGUCGCAUAAAGCAACUGUCCAUAUUCAGGUGAACGAUGUGAACGAGUAUGCACCUGUAUUCAAGGAGAAGUCGUACAAGGCGACCGUCAUCGAGGGGAAGCGGUACGACAGCAUCGUGAGGGUGGAGGCCGUGGACGCAGACUGCUCCCCUCAGUUCAGCCAGAUUUGCAGCUAUGAAAUCGUCACUCCAGAUGUGCCAUUCACCAUCAACAAAGAUGGUUAUAUCAAAAACACGGAGAAGCUCAACUACGGGAAGGAGCCCCAGUACAAGCUGACCGUCACGGCCUACGACUGUGGGAAGAAAAGGGCAACAGAAGAUGUUCUGGUAAAGGUCAGCAUUAAGCCCACCUGCACUGCUGGGUGGCAAGGCUGGAACAACAGGGUAGAGUAUGAGCCUGGCACGGGCGCCUUGGCCCUCUUCCCGAACGUCCACCUGGAGACGUGUGAUGAGUCCGUGGCCUCGGUGCAGGCCACGGUGGAGCUAGAGACCGGCCACAUAGGGAAAGGCUGUGACCGCGACACCUACUCUGAGAAGUCCCUUCACCGGCUCUGUGGUGCUGCGUCUGGCACUGCCGAGCUGCUCCCUUCCCCAAGCAGCUCCUUGAACUGGACCGUCGGCCUCCCCACCGACAACGGCCACGACAGCGACCAGGUCUUCGAGUUCAAUGGCACCCAAGCAGUCAGGAUCCCAGAUGGCGUCGUUUCUGUGAACCCGAAAGAGCCUUUUACGAUCUCUGUGUGGAUGAGGCACGGGCCCUUUGGCAGGAAGAAGGAGACGAUUCUUUGCAGUUCAGACAAAACAGAUAUGAACCGGCAUCAUUAUUCACUCUUUGUCCAUGGCUGUCGAUUGAUUUUCCUCCUCCGUCAGGAUCCUUCAGGAGAGAAGAAAUACAAACCUGCAGAAUUCCACUGGAAGUUGAAUCAGGUCUGCGAUGAGGAAUGGCACCACUACGUCCUCAACGUGGAAAUCCCACGGGCGACUCUCUAUGUGGACGGUGUUUCUCACGAGCCCUUCUCUGUGACUGAAGAUUACCCGCUUCAUCCAUCCAGGAUCCAGACUCAACUUGUGGUUGGGGCUUGCUGGCAAGAGUAUUCAGGAGUUGAAAAUGACAACGAAACUGAGCCUGUGCCUGUGGCCUCUGCAGGUGGUGACCUGCACAUGACCCAGUUUUUCCGAGGCGACCUGGCUGGCCUGACAAUCCGCUCUGGGAAACUGGCAGACAAGAAGGUGAUUGACUGCCUGUACACGUGCAAAGAGGGGCUGGACCUGCAAAUCCCUGAAGACAGCGGCAGAGGCGUGAAGCCCCCGGCAGGUGUGGACACCAUGGCCAGCUACGAGGAGGUUUUGCACCUCCUGCGCUAUCGAAACUGGCACUCCAGGUCCUUGCUUGACCGGAAGUUCAAGCUCAUCUGCUCUGAGCUGAAUGGGCGCUACGUCAGCAACGAGUUUCAGGUGGAGGUGAACGUGAUCCACACGGCCAACCCCAUGGAACACGCCAGCCACAUGGCCGCCCAGCCCCAGUUUGUUCACCCCGAGCAUCGCUCCUUCGUUGAUCUCUCAGGUCACAACCUGGCCAACCCCCACCCGUUUGCAGUUGUCCCCAGCACGGCCACUGUGGUGAUUGUGGUGUGUGUCAGCUUCUUGGUUUUCAUGAUUAUCCUGGGAGUGUUCCGGAUCCGGGCUGCUCAUCAGCGGACCAUGCGGGACCAGGACACCGGCAAGGAGAACGAGAUGGAUUGGGACGACUCCGCUCUGACCAUCACCGUGAACCCCAUGGAGACGUACGAGGACCAACACAGCAGCGAGGAGGAGGAAGAGGAGGAGGAGGAGGACAGCGAGGAGGGCGAGGAGGAGGACGACAUCACCAGCGCGGAGUCGGAGAGCAGCGAGGAGGAGGAGGGGGAGCACGGGGACCCGCAGACGGCCAACAGGCAGCAGCAGCUGGAGUGGGACGACUCCACCCUCAGCUACUGAGCCCUGUCGCUCCCGCCUCCCGUUCUGCUUCAGGAGACUCUGCUGUCACCGUCGCGCCAGCCCCAAGGGUCCACGAUGUACAAAGUCAUUCUGGCCAGUAGGUCUGCAGACCCUCCCCCGCGCCCACCGUCUGCUUGGUGUAGGACCCUAGGAUCCCGCCCUUCCGCCCACCCGCCCUCCGCCUGGAUCUCUUAAGUUAUGUGAGGAGCGGACACUUGCUCUCUCCUGCCACCUUGCCCUGCGUGGCCCCCUCACACCUCCAGAAAAGCCAGUGACUGGACUCGCUGACAAAAGGUUCAAGUUGCUCGUUUCUACCUGGUAAUCGCUUUCUU